AUCGACCGACACUUGCAGCCAUUUUCCGCAGAACGAACCCAAUCAUGUCGUGAGGAGAAGCUCGCCGGUCACCUGGGCAGAGCCAGCAGCCAGCGCCGCGCGUCCCGGUGGUCGCACACAAGCGGGCGGGUAGGCAGGAAGGCAGCACCCGGGCAAAAUGGUGAAGAGGAAAAGCCUGGACGAGAACGAGCCGGAGUGCGGGAAAGGAAUACCGUUUCCCAUCCAGACCUUCCUAUGGAGGCAAACCAGUGCAUUUCUGCGUCCAAAGUUGGGAAAACAGUAUGAAGCAUCUUGCGUGUCCUUUGAGCGGGUGCUGGUGGAGAAUAAGCUCCACGGGUUGUCACCGGCCCUGUCAGAGGCCAUCCAGAGCAUCUCCCGGUGGGAGCUGGUCCAGGCAGCGCUGCCUCAUGUACUCCACUGCACCUCCAUCCUGCUGUCGAAUAGGAACAAGCUGGGCCACCAGGACAAACUGGGCGUGGCCGAGACCAAGCUGCUCCACACGCUGCACUGGAUGCUGCUCGAGGCCGCCCAGGAGUGCAACCACGAGCCGAGCCUGGGCCACGGCUGGUCCGCCGGUAGCAGCAGCAGCGCUUUCCUCCAGCCAGUAGGGAACCAGGGAUCGUCCCCGGGGGCUCCGGGCUCCUGCUCCGGCUCUGUCCUCGGGGGGUCUGGGCCGCAGCACAGCGGGUCUCUGCCAGAAGAGGAUGAACACGCUCGGACCAAGCUGUUCCACAAGAGCAUGGCGACGGUGGAGCUGUUUGUCUUCCUGUUUGCUCCUCUUAUACAUCGGAUAAAGGAGUCUGAUCUGACCUUCCGAUUGGCCAGCGGUUUAGUGAUAUGGCAGCCAAUGUGGGAGCACCGACAGCCGGACAUCCCUGCCUUCACUGCUCUCAUUAAACCUGUCAGAAACAUUGUCACAGCCAAGAGGAACUCCCCAGUCAACAACCAGUGCAGCCCCUGUGGAUCUGGCAACCCUGGUCCCAUGGGCUUCCAGGUGGUCUGUGAAGCCGCCCAAUCAGAUUCCUCCUCCCCCUCGGCCGGUGAGCAGAGCUGUCGUCGUGGUAACUCUGUAGAGAAAGGUGGCCCUUCCCAGCAGCAACCCCCACCGGUGAAAGGCCCUUCCAAGAAAAAGACAUCGGCCCCGGCCGGCCUGCCCAUCUCCCUCGCCCAGCGAGCGCGCUAUGCCACUUAUUUCGACGUAGCCGUGUUGCGCUGUCUGCUGCAGCCGCACUGGACGGAGGAGGGCGUGCACUGGGCCCUGAUGUUCUACCUGCAGCGUCUGAGGCAGAUCCUGGAGGAGAGGCCUGAGAGGGUACCCGAGCCUUUAGUCACGCCUCUGCCUCGGCCGCGCAGUAGCUCCAUGGUGGCUGCCACGCCUUCUCUGGUCAACACACACAAGACUCAGGAUAUGAGCCUGAAAUGCAACGAGGAGGGAAAAUCUCUCAGCUCUGAGACAUUUGCGAGGGUUUCUCUGACCAACCUGCGGCGACAGGCAGUCCCUGACCUCGCCUCCGACCUGGGCAUAAACAUCUUUAAGAAGUUUAAGAAUCGCCGUGAGGACCGCGAGAGAAAGGGCUCCAUCCCCUUCCAUCACACGGGGAAGAAGCGUCAGCGCCGCAUGGGGGUCCCCUUCUUGCUCCACGAGGACCACCUGGACGUCUCGCCCACCCGCAGCACCUUCUCCUUCGGAAGUUUCUCCGGCCUGGGGGACGAUCGGCGGGCUCUGGACCGCGGCGGAUGGCAGGCCACCAUCAUGGGCAAGUUCACCCGGAGAGGCAGCACAGACACGGCGGCAGACGCCGACAGCCUGAGCGCAAAACACUCUCACUCCCAUCACUCUCUGCUCCGAGACAUGCCCGACCACUCCAACAGCCACAGCGACAACACCGUCAAAGAGGUUCGAUCCCAGAUCUCCACCAUCACCAUGGCAGCGUUCAACACCACGGUGGCCUCCUUCAACGUUGGCUAUGCCGACUUCUUCACCGAGCACAUGAAGAAACUCUGCAACCCCGUCACCGUCCCCGAGCUCCCAGUGGAGCCUCUGGCGUGCGCCAAUCUGCCGCGCAGCUUCACCGACUCGUGCAUCAACUACUCGUGUCUGGAGGAGGGGGAGAACAUCGAGGGGACCAAUAACUUUGUGCUGAAGAACGGCAUGUUGGACCUCACGGCUGUCUUGCGGGCUCUCUACGCCGUCCUCAGCCACGACAUCAGCUCCAGGAUCUGCGACGCCGCCCUCAACAUCAUCGACUGCCUGCUGCAGCUUGGCGUGGUCCCCGGCAUGGGCAAGAAACUGUCCAAGCAAGGGGACAAGGAAAACCAGGAGGCGCGCGCCAAAGACUCCUCCAGCCAGUGCCUCGGAGGUGCUCAGGGAGGGGGGGCUGUCCCCGGGGCGGGAGCAGGCGGAGGAGGGGAUGGCGGUGGAGGUGGAGGAGGAGGAGGAAGCGGUGGAGGGAGUGGACAGGGGAGCAGGGAUGAUGUGAAGAAUAACAAGGAUAAUGAUAAAAAGGACGAGGGUUCCGGCUUCAGCACCCACCGCCUGGCUCUGACCAUGCUGAUAAAGAUAGUCAAGUCGCUGGGUUGCGCCUACGGCUGCGGCGAGGGGCACCGCGGUCUGUCUGGAGACCGCCUCAGGAUGCAGGCCCAGAACUGCCUGACCAGCCUGUACAAGCUGGACAAAGUGCAGUUUCGACAGACAAUGCGCGAGUACGUCAACAAAGACUCUCUCAAUAACAUUGUGGACUUCCUGCAUGCGCUGCUGGGCUUCUGUAUGGAGCCCAUCACUGACAAGUACGGCAGUGCAGGUGAGAGGUCCAGGAGGGCGAAAAAAAGAAACAUCGACAAGGCGGGCUUCGGCAACAACUUCACCACAGGGGACAACAAGUCGGUGGCGCAGAACAUGGAGGCGGUGGUGGUGGGCUGCAUGUUCAAGUCGCUCAUCACCCGCUGCGCCUCCACCACGCACGAGCUGCACAGCCCUGAGAACCUGGGUCUGUACUGCGACAUCCGUCAGCUGGUGCAGUUCAUUAAAGAGGCCCAUGGAAACGUGUUCCGCAGGGUGGCACUGAGCGCGCUCCUAGACAGCGCCGAGAAGGUCGCCACCACCAAGAAACCCGAAGAGAAGGAGGAGGCCAAACAGCCCGGACCUAGGAGGUCAGAGGCGGGUGUGUCCGGGGAGAAGGGUCAGGUGUCCAGUGCUGCAGAUGAGUGUCGCAGCUACAUCUCCAGCAGACCCCCCCAGACCCCCGAACAUGACGAGCAGAUCCCCGGUGCUCUCCUGGGCCGGAAGGACUUUUGGAGGAAGAUGUUCAAGUCGCAGAGCGCCGCCAGCGACACCAGCAGCCAGUCCGAGCAGGACACCUCGGAGUGCACCACCGCCCACUCCGGCACCACCACCGACCGCCGCUCCCGCUCCAGAUCCCGUCGCAUAUCCCUCCGCAAGAAACUGAAGCUGCCAAUCGGAAACUGGCUGAAGCGAUCCUCUCUCUCUGGACUGACGGACGGUGUGGAGGAUCUUCUGGAUAUCAGCUCUGUGGAUCGACUUUCCUUCAUACGUCAGAGCUCAAAGGUGAAGUUCACCAGUGCGGUGAAGCUGUCUGAAGGGGGCGCUGUGGGGCCGGAGUUCGGCAGGGACGAGGAGGAGAAUUUCUUCAAGCGGCUCGGUAAAUGGAGGUCUGGCAGGAGGAAUCCAUCCAAGCUUCACCACACAGAAGAGAAAGAUGGACCUCACGGUUUCCAGGAGCGACUUGCAGCCAGCCAGGAGGCCAUGAAGAACAAGAACGUGGUGAAUCUGGGCGCCAUCCGGCAGGGAAUGAAACGCUUCCAGUUCCUUUUGAACUGCUGUGAGCCGGGGACGAUACCCGACGCCUCCAUCCUGGCUGCAGCUCUGGACCUGGAAGCUCCAGUUGUAGCCCGGGCGUCCCUCUUCCUCGAAUGUGCCCGCUUCGUCCACCGCUGUAACCGCGGAAACUGGCCCGAGUGGAUGAAGGGCCACCACGUUAAUAUCACCAAGAGGGGCCUGUCCAGGGGUCGAUCUCCCAUCGUGGGGAACAAGAGGAACCAGAAGCUCCAGUGGAACGCCGCCAAACAUUUCUGCCAGUGGGGAGAUGCGAUCGGUACAAGGCUCAGCGAGCUCUGCCACUCGGACAGCGAGAGUCCUGCGAACAUCCUGGGUUACAUUUUUGAUGAAGAGACCAAACGCAGGAUGAGAAAAGAAGACGAGGAAGAAGAUUACUUGGACGACAACACAGUCAACCCUACAAAGUGUGGCUGCCCUUUUGCUCUGAAGAUGGCCGCCUGCCAGCUGCUGUUGGAGAUCACCACCUUCCUGAGGGAGACGUUUCCGUGCCUACCUCGCCCACGCACCGAACCACUCGUGGAUCUAGACAGCGCCCGCCUGCGCCUGGAUCCAGAGCUCGGCCGCCAUCGCUACGAGAGGAAGAUCAGCUUCGCAGGGAUCCUCGACGACGAAGACGGACACGAUUCGCUCAACAGCAGCAGCCACACGCUGAAGUCCGACACCACCGGCGACGAGAAGAAGGCCCAGGAGGCUCAAGAUGAUCUCUCCCCUCUUCCCUCUUCUCCAGCGCCCAUCCGCAAGAUCCGUAUCGGAGGCUCGCGGCUGCUUCAGAUCAAAGGCGCGCGCAGUUUUCGGGUCAAGAAGGGCGGCUCUCUGUCGUCGAUUCGCCGGGCGGGAAGCUUGAAGAGCACCAAGCUGACCCGCCAGGACUCUGAGUCUGAGAACGAAGAGGGGCUGCUGUCACAGACACAAAGCAGGGACACUGUUACUGAUAUAGGCAGCCCGUUCAGCACCAGUGAACCCAGCAUAGAACCAGAGGGCCAGAGCUCAGGAGGUACAGAAGACAACUAUCAUCGCAACAUGUCCUGGCUCCACAUCAUGAUCCUCCUCUGCAACCAGCAGAGCUUCAUCUGCACCCACAUCGACUUCUGCCACCCGCGCUGCUACCAGCACCACAGCCGCUCCUGCGCCCGCCUGGUCCGCGCCAUCAAGCUGGUGUACGGGGAGACGGUGGACAGUCUGAGGGAGGACAGCGCCACCUCUGGGAACAUCGGGCCGCGAGCCAAGAAGACGAAAGAGUGUUCAGAUAAGUCCUGUUUGAGGACCCCGUCCAUGAAGAGAAGACCCAAUGACUCCAACACAGAGGGGAAGAAGGAUACAGGCAUGCUCAAGUACAUCCGCAACCAGGUGAUGAGUUUGUCUCCAGCUCCUCUUUCGCUGCUGAUCAAAGCAGCUCCCAUCCUGACAGACGACAUGUACGGAGACAUCCAGCCUGCAGCCUGGGAGCUCUUACUCAGCGUGGACGAGCAUAUGGCAGCAGCCGCCGCUGCCAUGUUCCUUCUGUGCGCCGUAAAGGUCCCCGACGCGGUGACCGAAAUGAUGAUGGCCGAGUUCCAUCACCAGGAGCCGUGCCAGCGCAUCAACUCCGUCCUGAAGUUUUACACGCUGUGGCGUUUCCGCUACCAAGUGUGGCCUCGCAUGGAGGAAGGAGCCCAGCAAAUCUUUAAGAUCCCUCCACCCAGCAUCAACUUCACCCUGCCAUCCCCUAUCCUGGGCAUGCCCUGUGUGCCCAUUUUCGACCCCCCAUGGGUGCCCCAGAACACAGGCAGCGUCCAAGAUCCAAUCAAUGAAGACCAGUCUAAAUCCUUCUCAGCGCGGGCCGUGUCGCGCUCCCACCAGCGGGCCGAGCACAUCCUGAAGAACCUGCAGCAGGAGGAAGAGAAGCGGCGUCUGGGCCGCGAGGCCAGCAUCAUCACCGCCAUCCCGGUGGCUCAGGAGGCGUGCUACGAGCCUACGUGUAGCCCCCCGCCUGAGCAGGAGGAAGAAGCAGAAGAAGUGGUGAACCUGACAUCCCGCCGCCUGUCCGUCAGCCCGUCCUGCGCCUCCAGCAACUCCCACAGAAACUACUCUUUCCGCCGGGGCUCGGUGUGGUCCGUGCGCUCGAUGGCCAGCGCAGAAGACGAGGAGAACACAACAGAACACACUCCUACUCAUCACAUGCUGCAGCCGCCCCAAGCUGUCUUCCCAGCAUGCAUCUGUGCGGCGGUGCUACCGAUAGUCCAUCUCAUGGAGGAUGGAGAGGUUCGAGAGGACGGCGUGGCAGUGAGCGCCGUUGCCCAACAAAUCCUCUGGAACUGCCUGAUUGAAGACCCCGCCCUCGUUCUCCGCCACUUCUUGGAAAAGCUGACAGUGAGCAAUCGGCAGGAUGAGCUGAUGUACAUGCUGAGGAAGCUGCUGCUCAACAUCGGAGAUCUGCCGGCGCAAACCUCUCACAUCCUCUUCAACUACCUGGUGGGGCUGAUCAUGUAUUUCGUGCGGACCCCGUGCGAGUGGGGAAUGGACGCCAUCUCGGCCACGCUGACCUUCCUGUGGGAGGUGGUGGGCUACGUGGAGGGGCUCUUCUUCAAAGACCUCAAACAGACCAUGAAGAAGGAGCAGUGUGAGGUCAAGCUGCUCGUCACUGCGUCCAUGCCAGGAACAAAAACUCUGGUUGUGCACGGCCAGAACGAAUGUGACAUCCCGACACAGCUCCCAGUCCAUGAAGACACUCAGUUUGAAGCCCUGCUCAAGGAGUGCCUGGAGUUUUUCAACAUUCCUGAGGCCAGGUCUGCACAUUACUUCCUCAUGGACAAACGAUGGAACCUCAUUCAUUACAGCAAGACUUAUGUAAGAGACAUCUACCCCUUCAGAAGAUCAGUCUCUCCUCAGCUCAACCUGGUCCACAUGCUGCCCGAUAAAGGACAAGAGCUCAUCCAGAAGCAGGUGUUUUCUCGUAAACUAGAGGAAGUCGGCCGCGUCCUCUUCCUCAUCUCCCUCACGCAGCACAUGCCGGCCGUGCACAAGCAAUCCCACGUCUCCCUGCUGCAGGAAGACCUCCUCCGCCUGCCGUCUUUCCCGCGCACCGCCAUCGACGCGGAGUUCUCCCUCUUCAACGAGCCACAAGGUAAGGAGCUGUUUGGUUUGGACACCCUCCACAAGGUGCUGUGGAUCAAGCUGCUGGAGGAGAUGUUCCUGGGCAUGCCCAGCGAGUACCCGUGGGGCGACGAGAUGAUGCUGUUCCUCAACGUCUUUAACGGGGCCCUGCUCCUGCACCCGGAGGACAGCGCCCUCCUCAGGCAGUACACUGCCACUGCCAUCAACACGGCCGUUCACUUUAACCACCUCUUCUCCCUGAGUGGAUACCAGUGGAUCCUGCCCACCAUGCUGCAGGUCUACGCAGACUACGAAAGCAACCCUUUACUGCGGCAGGGCAUCGAGUUCUGCUGCCGCCAGUUCUACAUCCUCCAUCGCAAACCGUUUAUCCUGCAGCUGUUUGCGAGCGUCGCUCCGCUGCUGGAAUUCACUACCAGCACCAGUACCGGCCUGUCUAAAGGCGUGUCGGCUCAGUGUCUGUUCGACCUGCUGGUCUCUCUGGAGGGGGAGACUCAGGACUCCUUGGACGCUCUGGAGCUGGUCAAGGCUGAGAAACCUCUACGCUCUCUUGAUUUUUGUUAUGGUAACGAGGAUUUGGCCUUUUCGAUCAGCGAGGCCAUCAAGCUGUGCGUCACCGUGGUCGCCUACGCACCUGAAUCUUUUCGGAGUCUCCAGAUGCUGAUGGUGCUGGAGGCCUUGGUCCCCUGUCACCUCCAGAAGCUGAAGAGCAACACCAUGACGAUGGAGUCGGCCUCGGCUGCCCGGGACGAGAUCGCAGCCAUCGCCGCCCUCGCCACGUCGCUGCAGGCGCUCCUGUACAGCUCGGAGGCCCUCACAAGACCCAUGACAGCUCCACAGCUGUCCCGCUGUGAUCAGGGCCACAAGGGAGGAACUGCAGCUAACCACGCCAUGUCAGGAGGCGUCAACACCAGGGACAACCUCCACCUGCUGGAGGAGGGUCAGGGCAUGCCCCGGGAGGAGCUGGACGAGCGCAUAGCGAGGGAGGAGUUCCGCCGGCCGAGGGAGUCCCUGCUAAACAUCUGCACCGAAUUUUACAAACACUGCGGGCCGAGGCUGAAGAUCCUGCAGAACGUGGCCGGGGAGCCGCGGGUCACGGCUCUGGAGCUGCUCGACAUCAAGUCGCACAUGAGGCUGGCUGAGAUCGCCCACGCCUUGCUGAAACUGGCGCCCUACGACACCCUGACCAUGGAGAGCCGCGGGCUGAAGCGCUACAUCAUGGAGAUGCUUCCCAUCACCGACUGGUCGUCCGAAGCCGUCCGCCCCGCCCUCAUCCUCAUCCUCAAGAGGCUGGACCGCAUGUUCAACAAGAUUCACAAGAUGCCAACGCUCAGGUGCGCUCGCCCACAGGCACUUUGCACCAGGAGACAGGUGGAGUGGGAGGCGGCCAGCAGCCUGAUCGAGGGGAUCUGUUUAACUCUGCAGCGACAGCCAAUCAUCUCUUUCCUCCCACACCUUCGCUCGCUGAUCAACGUCUGCGUCAACCUGGUGAUGGGUGUGGUCGGCCCCUCCAGCGUGGCAGACGGGCUCCCUCUUCUCCACCUCAGCCCGUACUUGUCUCCGCCGCUGCCCUUCAGCACAGCCGUGGUCAGACUGGUGGCUCUGCAGAUACAGGCCUUAAAGGAGGACUUCCCGCUCAGUCACGUGAUCUCGCCGUUCACCAAUCAGGAGAGGCGAGAAGGGAUGCUGCUCAACCUGCUCAUUCCCUUUGUGCUCACCGUGGGCUCAGGAAGCAAAGACAGCCCCCACCUGGAGCAGCCGGAGAUCUUCCUGCUCCUCCAAACGGUCAUCAACAUCCUCCUGCCCCCUCGCAUCAUCUCCACCUCCCGCACCAAGAACUUCAUGCUGGACGCCUCCCCGGCUCACUGCUCCACCCCGGGCGACACCGGGAAGGACCUGCGCAGGGAGGGCUUGGCCGAGUCCACCAGCCAGGCCGCGUAUCUGGCCCUGAAGGUGGUGUUGGUCUGCUUCGAGCGCUCGUUGGGGAACCAGUGGUACCGGCUGAGCCUGCAGGUGAAGGAGAUGGCUCUGAGGAAGGUGGGCGGCCUCGCCUUCUGGGACUUCAUUGACUUCAUCGUCCGAACCAGGAUCCCCAUUUUCGUCCUGCUGAGACCCUUCAUUCAGUGCAAGUUGUUGACUCAGCCCGCUGACUCUCAGGAGGAGAUCACAGCUCGUCACCACAUCGCCGACCAGCUGGAGAGACGCUUCAUCCCGCGACCCCUCUGCAAGAGCUCGCUGUUUGCAGAGUUCAACAACGAGCUGAAGAUCCUGAAGGAGGCUGUGCACAGCGGCUCAGCCUACCAAGGCAAGACAUCGAUCAGCACUGUGGGGACUUCUACGUCAGCGUAUCGCCUCAGUUUAGCCACGAUGUCGCGCUCCAACACAGGCACCGGCACCGUUUGGGAGCAGGAGAGCCAACCGUCGCGCCAGCCGUCACAGGACACGCUCAGCCGCUACGACGAGGACGAUGAAGAGAAUGACUCCAUGAGCAUCCCCAGCGUGGUGAGCGAGCACGAGGCCUUCCUGCCUAGAGUGAUCACGCAGCGCCGCUUCUCCAGCCACGCCACCGGCUCGGCCGCCUCGCAGCCCGACGCUCCCCGGCCCACCAUGCUGCCCAGCCACAGUGAACCCAAUGUGCUAGAUGAGUCCCAGGGCCUUCUGCAGGAGGGUAACCUCUCUAGGGUUGCGAGUGUGCAGAGUGAACCGGGCCAGCAGAACCUCUUGAUCCAGCCUCCGCUCGGAAGAAAGAGAGGACUCAGACAGCUGCGGCGCCCCCUGCUGUCCAUCCCAAAGAAUGAGCCGCGCGGUCGAAGUGGUGCGAGGCUCUCCACGACCCGCAGGAGCAUCCAGCCCAAGAACAAACCUCUGGAAACUUUAUUGGACUGUGAAGCGCACGGAGACCAAAAGAGGUCAGUGACAUUUACUGAGAGUCAAGGCCAGCAGGCGUCCACAGGGGUCAGCAAGCCCCCGACUCCCAACACCACGGAGCCGCCGGCUGACGGCAGGAAGGCCAGUCCGACCCUCUCCAAGUCGCCGACGCUGGAGGUGCCCUCUGUGUCGUCUGCCACCGUCACUGCAGACCUGCACAGCCCGGCUCACACACAGGUGCCUGCAGCCAUCAGCAGCAAAGAGAAGAGGGAGCAGUGGGGGCUCCGCAGCAGCCUCUCCCCUCCCCCCUCCUUCUCCCGCCCCUCCACCCCGACACCCCCCUCCAGAACCUGCUCCCCUCUCCCCCUCUCCAAAACCUGCUCCCCUCUCCCCUUGUCCCGCACCUCCUCUCCCCUCCCUCCCCCGCUGCCCGUGCUGGGCACAGCACCUGCCCCGGGGCCUCCGCCUCCACCUCCUCUCCCGCCCGCCCCGCUCCUGCCUCCCCCGCCACCGGGUCCGUCCAGGAUCAGAGAAAGCCCCGGGGACGAGGACACCACGGCUCUGCUCCCUCGCAGCGACGCCCUGCUGCAGCUCAGCGACGACGAGGGCACGGAGAACCCCCUCCUCACGCCGCUGCUGUCCCGUCCCUCACCCCGGCGGUCACCCCGCCGCUUGCCACUCCCCCUCUCCCCGGUCGACUUGGACCUUGAUGAAUCCCACGUGUGAGGAGGGCAACAGGUGUAUGUUUUCUAUCUGUCGCCCAAUCCAAACCCCAUUCAAGAAAACUGUAAUUUUCAGAAAAACAGGGAGGCUGUGCCGCACAAAUCUCUAAAUAUUUAAGAGCAAAAACAGAAAAUGCACAUUUAGAUUUGAUGGACUUACAAUCUAAAGUACAUUAAAAGAAAGGGAAUGAACAGACAGAAGAAUUGUGGGAACUUCCUCUUAUAAAGUGUCUAAACCCACUUAGUUUGUUUCUUUCAUAUAUAUUCAAAUUCUGUUUCCCCCUCAGACUAAACCUCUGCUUCUCUGUCUGGGUGUCUAGUUCAAACACUCAAAUCCAUCCACACAACAGUACCCCUCUUUCCUCUCUCUGUCGGUCUCUCGUCAGAUCCUUUUAGUGUUCGAGUCAGUCGUCAUGGUAACCUAUCCUGAGGGUUGAAUGUAUAUUUCAGCAGCAUCUACCUGAGUACUCCUCUCCUCUCCGAUAGAAAAGUUCAAUCAUGCUGGAUUUGUGUUGUUCUGUUCAAGUCUGAGAUUUAUUUUUGAAAUAUAUAUCAUGCUAAAAGAAAUGAUUUAUAACCAUGACAAACAUGUUCAGGGGAAGAUAUUCAAAGAGAUUAACUUAUGAAACACUUAUAUGAAGAGCCAUCCUAAAGUAAAGAUGAUAUGGUAUGGUAUUAUAAAUAAAUAUGUACACUUAAACUUUAUGUGAAAUAUUAAACAAGAGACAGAAAUCACUUUUAUAUCGAAGAAGGUGAUCGUGAGUAUUUCUGAAUGUUGACAAAGUAAAUGUUUGUGGAAGAAGAAGUUUAACUCUUAUCCCGAAAGGACAGGAAACUGGGUUUGAGUUCUUUAUACGUCUGGCUUUUAUAUUAAGAGGGGCUUUCCGUCGCAAACAUUCAAAGCUCCAAAUGAUGAAGAAAGAAGAAGUACAUUUAUACACAGAUUCACUUGAGAGAGAUGUAGAAUACAGCUCAACGCUCGCUCCUUUAAACGGAUGAUUUUAAUGUGUUUACGUGUAAAAUAAUGAAUCAAUAUCCCCAUUUACAGAAGUUAAUCUUCAAUCAUGUUGAAUGAAGUGGAUGAUCAUUAAAAGUGUGUUUCUACUCCACAAAGUCAUGUCAUUCAACGGCUGGAAUGUGCCUCGACGAGGACUGAAACAACCUUUAACUUGUUGAGUGUGCAGUUUAUCACACUUAUGGUACAUCUCAUUAACAUCGCGUGUCUCAACAGAAUAUUUGAUUCGUGACCAAAGACUGUCAAGGCUGUAUUUUAAUUUGUGUCUCAGUGUCUCUUCUUCUUCUUCUUCUUCACAAACAAUAUCGAACAGAAGAUGUCCUGUGAUGUGUGUGUGUGAUGUGUGUGUGUUACUCUUCUCUUGAUGCAGUAGAUAGCUGUGACCUCGUUGCUCAUUUCAUGCCUUAACAGAGAAACAUCAACACGUCUGUAUAUAAAUAUAUUUAACACGAUCUGUCUGCUGAAAACCUCAUACCUCCAUAACGUCCACUCUUAAAGAGAUCAUGUAGGUGUUGGGAAGUAGAUGUGGAUAUCCUGUUAUAUUUAACAUUAUUUAUUUUUGUAUGUAAACAAUGCAAAUAUUGCCAUUAACAAUAACGACGUUUCUAGACAUCAGAUAUGUGCCAUAUUCCACGCCAACGCACUGUGAGUGAUUCUCCUCUCUCUGCUUUAUGUCAGCGCUGUUUUGAACAUUUUUUUUAAAUCUGAGAUUCGUUAGACACACGCCAUGCUUACAUGUCAUCAUCCGUCUUUACACAUGUUUUUAGUCAGAGGGCCGUUGAACUGUUGAAUCUGAGUUCCCUUUAAGUGUAUCUUGUCUGUCAAUUAAUGUGUGAAUCAGAAUCAAACUGCAGUCUAUCAGAGCAUUUCUAAAUAAAUAUCUA